GAAAGAGAGAGUGCACGCAAAUGUCGUUCUACAAUGAUCUGGAAGAGUGGUUCAAGAGCCUGAUUUCGUGACGUACUCGAUCAAAUAUGCCGAUUGUGGUCGCCGCUUACUGGGUUUUGCAACAUGUCCAUUAGUGCUGUUCGUCCGUAAGGAGAGCGGGGGCAAAGCUGGUGCGAAGAACAGUGAAAAGCACGAGCUUUUCAGGAUUGAUUCGCGAAGGACGUCCUGUCUGUCACCGCCUGCCAGAAAUUCCUGACUUUGGUCGUUGUCGGGGCCCCCCUCCAGUGCGCUGUUCUCCUUCCGGGUCACAGUUUAAGAACCUCAGAAAGGCUGAUUUGGAGAGGCAUUGGCAGUGAGGUUUCACCAUGGCAACAAUCCCGAGCGAGAUCAAGAAGCAAGCUGAGGGAACAUUGGGGCUGCUCUGGAAGAAGAUCGACCCAAAGGAUCUGAAACCCGGCGACCACAUUUACUCUCACAAGCGAUACGGUUCCUACAGCCAUCACGGAAUAUAUGUCGGGGAUGAGCUCGUGAUUCACUUUACCCGGACGGAGACCAAGAACAGCAUCCUCUGGCAGCCCAAGGCCGAGAAGUCUGCGCACCGGCCUCCCUGCCCAAAAUGCGGAUACGACGAACGCAUACGCCUAGGUGUCGUCAAGACAUGCCUAGACUGCUUCCGUCGCGGCAAGGAGAAGCUCCACUCCAUAAGGUACUUUGCGUACGGCGUGCCCCAAGAGGUGCUACUGCUGAAGAAAUCGGGAACCUGCACGACGCUUGUGUCCGGCAGGACCGCCGAUGAGGUUGUUCGGGAAGCUGACAAGCUUUUCCGGAAACAGGGAUUCGACGAGUACGACCUCCGCCGGAACAACUGUGAACAUUUCGCAACCUUCUGUCGGACCGGAAAGAAACAGUGCAUGCAAAUGCGGUUCUACAAUGAUCUGGAAGAGCGGGUCAAGAGACGGAUUUCGUGACGUACUCAAUCCAACAUGCCAAUUGUCAUCAUCGCUCACUGGGUUUUGCAACAUGUCCAUUGUACGUUCCCUUGCAACUUCUUCCCAUGGCCAUUCAAAUUCAACUUAUGAUUUUCAGCAUGAAAAUACACUCCUGUCUAUAUACAUAUAAUUAUAAUAAUCCCAUAUUAUAAUAAGCAUUGACUAAUAAUAAAUUAAAACUGUACAUGAUGAUAGUAUUCCUAUUGGUAA